AUGAAUUAUGUGCUAGCGUGCACCAGAGAUGACACUCUACGCAUUGUGGAUCUUCGAAUGAAUCAGCUGGUUCAGUCAUAUCAGGCAGAAGGAUUCAGGGCUGGCACGGAUACUACGCGACCUUGCUUUUCUCCCGAUGGUUGUUAUAUUGCUGUAGGAAGUCAGGACUGUGGAGUGUAUAUAUGGAACGUACGCUCGGGGCAGUUGGAGACUUGCCUGCGUGAACACAGUGGCGUCGUUACCUGUUGCCAUUGGCAUCCACAGGCCCAUUCUCUUAUUUCUUGCGAGCGUUUGAAACAAGCUAUCAUCUGGGCGGAUUGCUGA